AUGGCUCUGUCUAACUUAAAACCCCCCACACUGAGGAGGGUAUUAGGGUCGCCGUUUAAGUCACCUGCCAAUGUUCAGAAUGACAAGUCAAGCAACUUGUUUUCGAAUUCAAAUCCAGAUUCUCAUGCCAGUCCCACGCCAAAGCGAAACGAGGAAAGAAAUACAAUAUUUGGCCCAAAUGACUCAAUCGAGGAAGAGGACCAUUCAUAUGAUCAUAAGAAUACAUACAACAUAACAGAUAACGUAGCUGAAGAUGUUAUGUGUCCAAUUUGUAAUGAGCAGAUGAUUAGUCUAUAUCAGUUGAACCAGCAUAUUGACGAUGAGCAUAAUAUAUCUGAAACUACACCAGGAGCAGGGGAAGCAAAUGAAGAGACAAACGCAACUGUUCUUCCUAAAGUCUUGAGUAAUGAAUUUAUUAAUAAUGACAUAACAAAAUGGUUUAGAAAGAAACCAUCACAAGAAAUAGUCACACCUGUCAAACGAAAGACAAUCAAGCUUGAUUUGAUAGACAAUAGUAAAGAAUUUAGUCUCAGCGAUAAUAUAACAACAAACGAAGGCAGUCUUCAUGAUGCUCGCUCAAAUGCAAGUUCUCCGUCGAUGGAUAAACUGAGAGCUAGAGUAACUAGAGUACAUUGGAAAAAGCCACUGACAUCUCAAAAUGUAUGUACACAUCCCACUUGCAAUAAAUCAUUAAACGUCAAAAAUGGUAUUGUGAAUUGCAGAAAAUGCGGAGACUUGUUUUGUAACCAGCAUACCUACAAUAAGGUAAAGUUAAGAAAUUCUGAGGACAACAAGGAGCCUCUAUAUGAUACUACAAAAGAGGGCCAAUGGUGCAGGUGCUGUGAGAAAUGUUAUCUUGCAAAGCCAGAUUUAAUUGAAGGUACACAGUCCAAUGUUCAUGAUGUAACAAGCAUUUUCCUUCAAAAAAGACAAUCUUAUGUUGAUACCAAAGAAUUGGUGAGAAAUAAAAUUCAAAAAAAGUUUAUCAAGGUAGUCAAUCUCCAUGCUGACAAUUUUUUAUCUACAAGGGAUAAGACAAUACUAAACAACAUACGAUGGUUAUCGUUAAACAAUUCUAAAGAUUCCAUAUUGGAAAGUGAACAGGAGAUUGUUGGUCAUGACAACUGGCAAAUUGAUGCAAAAAUAACUCAUUGUAAUAUUUGCUUAACAAAAUUCAGCAUGUUGAUCAGAAAGCAUCACUGUAGGUUGUGUGGUAAAAUAGUUUGUGAUGAUUCAUUUGGAGAAAGGUCAAACUGUCUGAUUGUUGUUCCUUUGAGUAAAUUACUAGAUAAACUAGUAACAUUAAACUAUUCACCUCUCGUAAAACUGAAUCUUGAUGAUUUGUUGAACACGGAAGACAAUAGAUUUUCUGUAAGGUGCUGUAUCAACUGCAAAAACGAUUUGUUGCAUGAAUGGAAAUUAAAGAGUCUAAAAGAUUCUAAAGAAGACGGCAUAUUCUUAGUUUAUACUGAGAUAUUAAUGACCAAGAGAAAGAUUCAAGCGAUGAUACCAAGGUAUAAAAAAUUAGUAACGGACCCCAAUAACCAAGCUACGAACAAACUAAGGAUUAAAUUAAUGGCAUUCAUGAAAGACUUUGAGUCCUUAACAAUUCUGUUUAAAACCAAAUUUUUUGAUAAAGUUAAUGAUAGACUAGCCGUAAAAGAAGCAUACUUACCGUAUGCAAAAUUGAUUAACAACAUUUAUCAAGGAUGUACCAUAUUUUUACAGGAAACGUUAGUUAAUGUCAAAGUUCUAAACAAGGAGUAUAAGCAGCAGGAAAAUAAAUUACUAGAGCUGAUGAAGCCAAAUGAGCAGUCUGUAGCGACCCCGAAGUUAACGAAGAAAGAAAUUAGGGAAUUAAGAGAAAGUUUGAUGGUAAUGAAUGAACAAAAAUUCUUAGUGGAAACCCUUAUUGAACAAGUCACAAAACAGAGAAGAUUCGACGAAUUGACACCAUUAAUGGAAAAUAAGAGUGAACUUAGUGCUGCAAUCAAGGACUUGGAAUUAAAACUUGGCAAUGACGGAUUUUAG